GUACUACAACGAUAUGCGCUACGUUAACCACUCUUCAAUUCGUCUCCUCUUGGCGCUGGAUGCUAGCAUGCAUGCUGUGCAUGUACGACCGACGGCCGACUGAAGCUAGCUGAGCGCUAUCCAUCAUGUCAGGUGCUAUUAAAAAGACCACUGGUUUGGUUGGAAUAGCAGUUGAGGCUAAGCCUCAUGAGAAAUUGAGGAUAUUGUAUAGCAAGAUCCUGGCCUCUUUACAACAGAUGCCAAAAGAGGCAUCUUACAGACAGUACACUGAACAGGUUGUUAAUGACAGGCUCUCUAUUGUGCAAUCAGAAGGAGAUGUCCAGAAAGUGGAACAGAAGCUCAAUGCAGGCCAAAUAGAAGAAGUUGUUUUACAAGCAGAAGCUGAACUCUCACUUGCAAGGAAGAUGGCGGACUGGAAGGCAUGGGAACCUCUUAGAGGAGACGCCCCUCCUGGACAAUGGAAGUGGCCUUGAACUCUUAUAUUGUAGUUUUAUUGGGUUCUUGGUUUAAAAUAUGAUGCAGUGAAUGGCAGUGAUGUUUUAUGCAUAGUAAUUGCAUUGGGUUCUGCAUGUUCACCAAACUUCAGACUUGACUUAAUGUAAUCUACCAAGUGAUGAAUAUGUUGUGUUGGAGGGAUUCAUUUAUUUAGAAAACUGAUGUUAUUCUUAAGUUCAAUAAUUCAAAGGUAAAAUAUAAUUCUUUGUCUGUUUGAAGUAAAAUAUAUCUGUAUUAUCAAUCUUGCAGUCUACAUCAGUUUAUGCAAGUAUUUUUAUUGAGUAGAAAUAACCACAACAAAUUGAAUGUAAACAUUUAACAUUUCUCUUUUGAUCAUUAUUUGCUAAUGCCUCGCGUUGAGUUAUUGCAAUAAACUUUUUAAACGUGUACAUCGGUUAUCAACUUUCUGAAGACAUGUUCCCAAGAAUACAUUGAUAUUUGUAGCCUGGACUUUCAUCUCUUGCUUAUUUGUAUUUCACCCAAUUUCUACAAGCUUUUGUCCACUUGAACGACAUGUAUAUUCACCAAUUGAUAAGUAUUACAUAUGGUGAUUUAUUUGCGUGUGUAUGAUAUACUAAUAAAAAAUGUCUGAUGAAGCUGA